AUGGCGGCGACUCUACGAAAGACUUUUCGCUAUCCCGACGAUGACCAACCUCAUGGUCUCGACAAUAGGCAGGAGCUAGAUGAAGAAGAGCAAGACAAGCUCAUUCAAGAGCUUUCCACAAAAAACGAUGCACAGAAUGCGUUCUAUAAUUUAGUCUUUACAAUAGUGCCACUAGUCGCGACUAUCGCAUAUAUUCCUGCGAUUUUCUCGUCUUCGGUGACAGCUGGGACUAGAUUCAUAUACAUAAUAUGUAUACUGUCCCUCUCUACGACGGCAUAUGUGAUGAAAUUUGGCCCUUUUGAUUCGGAAGUAUACCGUUUAGGAGAGCCUGGUGUACUGGCUGUGCAAGAAGGGAAAUCCGAUCCUCGAAGUUACCUUUUCUAUGCCAACACCGCUGUAUGCGCUUUAUUGUCCCUGCAGUCAUGGUAUAUGUCGAGCAGUCAAGGACACGACGACCAUCAAGGGCUUAUAUUAGGCAUUCUCCCCGGUGUUGUUCUGGGCGUCGUCGUCGUCGCUAGUCGUUCAUUGAUUGAAGUUGACAUUGGAGAACUUGAAAAGCUCAAGUAUGAAUACAAAGGCGCCUAG